AUGCUAAGGAGACAAGGCCAGCAUGUUGUUUGCCCAGCAUUACGUAGAUUAGCAAGUCAUACACAGCAACAUUGCACAAACCCAAGACAUCUCUUUACCACGUUUUAUGCCAAUUAUGCCACCACGUCAAAUACACUAACACCGUCCAAAGACUUGUCAAGGUUGCAACAAGCCAUAGGCCAAGGUAACAUUCAGCAGGCAGCCCAAGCAUACAAAUCCAUGAUGUCCACUAGCAAGGCAGGCGAGCAAUCAAUUAACCGAGAGCUCAUUCGCAAAUUAUUGAUGCUGGCUCGUCAUGGAAAGCGCAGAGAAGACAUUGAUUUCAUCAACAGAGUCAUUUCAGACAUGAAGCAGAGACUUCAAAUGGCACGCACGCCCUUUGAAUACCACGCCUUGAUGUAUGCCUUUGGAAUACAGCAAUUGCCAGAGAAAGCGUAUGACAUACUGGAGCGCAUGAAGCGAGAAGACAAUAUCAGACCCACACUGCACUCGUACAACACUUUGCUGGGAUGCUACAAACGAGUGAAUAACGUCGAUAGAGCAGAGGAGAUUCUAGCAGAAAUGAAGCAGCGCAACAUCAAACCAGACACUGUAACAUACAACACGAUGCUCCACCUUUUGCUACGCACACAUCAGUAUCAGCGAGUGCUUGACAUGUACAGUGCCAUGAAAGCGGAUAAGACCCAACCCGAUAUUUACACUUUUUCGACAUUACUGGAUGCUGCUGUAAAAUCAAAGGAUCUGCAUUUUGGAAGCGAAAUAUACAGUCAAAUCACACGGAAAUGCAAGCCAAAAGAAGUGGAUUUAACCAUGGUUAACAAUAUGAUUCGGUUCAUGGCAGACAGUAGUGGGCUGAACAAGACACUGGACCUCUAUUACGACCUGCCAGAUCGAUAUCCGCAUAUUCGGCCAGACAAAGUGACAUUCAACAUACUGCUCGAUGUGUGCUUCAAAAACCAGAAUCCCGCAAAAGCGUACCAGAUAUUCGGCGACAUGACAGCAGCCAAGCUUGAGCCAGAUGUAGUGACGUACGGUACACUAAUUGAUGCUGAAGCCAAGAUGGGCCAUUUGAAGGCAUCGAUUCAGCUAUUCCAGGACAUGUGCAAUGCAUCUAUCGAACCAAACGACAGGAUCUUCAACAGCUUGGCCAAUAUUGCAUCGUCAAAGUCUGCCCGACCCUCUGAUUUGAACGAUCUAAUGGACCUCGUUGACCAGUACCAACACAAACUCAAGUUGGACACCAAGGCGUACAAUGCACUCAUGUAUGGGCUGGCUCAAAACGGGCGAUCAAGCCAAGCACAGCAUUUAUACGACACUGUGUUUCGACAUGCCACAUGCAAACCAGAUAUUGCUACUUUUACGCAUCUCAUCUUGGCCUAUAUCAACGACAAUCAACUGGACGGUGCGCUAGAAAUAUACUACACUUUGAGAGAACACCAUAAAAAGUGCAAGCAAGAUGCCGCCACCACAAAGCACAAGGUCAAGAUACCAAUUCAGCUUGAUACCACCUUUUAUUCUACCAUUAUUGCAGCCUUAUCCAAAGACGAUUUCAAUCACACCAUCAGCUUUAGUGACGAUGCAAACGAAUCAUCGCCCAGAUUGCUGGCUGCUAUCAGCAUCUUCAACGACAUGAGACCACUGCAAAUACAGCCUACUAUGCAUACUUAUACGGCAAUGCUGCAUGCCUGUGGACAAUAUCGAGAUCAGUACGCGUUGGAUCAAGUGCACAAACUCAUCAAGGUAGAUCUUUACCUCGACCCGGAUAUCGCCAUCUACAAUGCCAUGAUGGAUGCUUACAACAGAACAGGAAACGGUGAAAAGGUACUGGACAUUUGGCAAACCCUGUCUACAGCAGCGUCAGACUACGCUCAAGUCGCUCCAGAUCAGACCACCGUGUCCAUCGUCUUUGACAGUUGCGGACACAAUGGCUACAUACAACAAGCGCAAUCGAUUUGGACCUUUUUGAAACGCACACAAUUCAAAUUAAACACCAACAAUUACAACUCGUACAUUGAAUGUCUCUGUCGAUCCAGAGGAAGACAGGGCUGGGAUGCUGCCAUGGCUAUCGUCGAGCAAGACAUGUCGGUACCAGGCAAACCUCAGCAUGGCAAACCUGUUUUGGAUGAGAAAACUUUAAAUACACUCUUGAGCUUUGCUAGAAAGAAGGCGUUUGAUGCGUCAGAGUUGGAUCAAUUGGAUCAGUGGAGAACGAAGAUGCUUAGUGAGGCAAAGUGA